AUGAUCUCCAACCUUUUCAAGGCGAUGCCUGCCCGGGCUUCCGCCUUUGCCUCCGUGCAGCGACCUGCUCAGGCUCGCUUCAUGGCUACUGUGCGCCAGCGUGCUGCUAUGGAGCCUGCUACCUUCACCAUUCGUGAUGGUCCCAUGUUCUCUGGCAAGUCCUUCGGUGCUCGUUCCAACAUCUCCGGCGAGGCUGUCUUCACCACCUCCCUUGUCGGAUACCCCGAGUCCCUGACCGAUCCUUCCUACCGUGGUCAGAUUCUCGUUUUCACCCAGCCUUUGAUCGGUAACUACGGUGUCCCAUCCGCCGAGAAGGACCCCAAUGGACUUUUGAAGUACUUCGAGUCCCCCAACCUCCAGGCCGCUGGUGUCGUUGUCGCCGACGUGGCCGAGCAAUACAGUCACUGGACUGCUGUCCAGAGUCUGGGCGAAUGGUGUGCCCGUGAAGGUGUCCCUGCCAUCUCUGGUGUCGACACCCGUGCCAUUGUCACCUAUCUGCGUGAGCAGGGUUCUUCCCUGGCCCGUAUCACUGUUGGCGAAGAGUACGAUGCCAACGAGGAUGAGGCUUUCACUGACCCUGAGCAAAUCCACUUGGUCCGCCAGGUCAGCACCAAGCAGCCUUUCCACAUUGCUGCUGCUGAUCCUACCUCCCACGUUGCUGUCAUUGAUUGCGGUGUCAAGGAAAACAUUCUCCGCAGCCUGGUCGGCCGUGGCUCCAGCGUCACUGUCCUUCCCUUCGAUUACCCCAUCCACAAGGUUGCCCACCACUUCGAUGGUGUCUUCAUCUCCAACGGCCCCGGUGACCCAACUCACUGCCAAGAUACCGUCUACCACCUCAAGCGUCUGAUGGAGACUUCUCAGGUCCCCAUCUUCGGUAUCUGCCUGGGUCACCAGCUCCUCGCUCUGGCCGCCGGUGCCAGCACCAUCAAGCUCAAGUACGGUAACCGCGCCCACAACAUUCCCGCUCUUGACCUGAGCACUGGUCGCUGCCACAUCACCAGCCAGAACCACGGUUACGCUGUUGAUGCUUCGACUUUGCCCUCUGACUGGAAGCCCUACUUCGUCAACUUGAACGAUCAGAGCAACGAAGGCAUGAUCCACAAGUCUCGUCCCAUCUUCAGCACCCAGUUCCACCCCGAGGCUAAGGGCGGUCCUCUCGACUCCUCUUACCUCUUUGAUAUCUACUUGGACUCUGUGCUCAAGUACAAGAACAACCAGGCUGGUCUCUUCCCUGAGCGUGACAGCCGUCCCAGCCCUCUGCUCGUCGAUCUGCUCGGCAAUGAGCGCGUUGGUGUUCAGCUCACCACCGGACAGCAGAACGUGCUGGCCGCUGCUGCCGCCGCCGGCGCUGCUUAA